UCAAGCUAAGUUUAUGAUUUUUUUUUUCUUACAUGAAUCUAUUUUAUUUAUUUUCAUUAAUAGUAUUGUGUAUUUGAUAUUUUUGGGUUGUUUUUAGUUGCAUGCAUUAAUCCUAUAUGCAUGAGUGAUUAUACGUGUCUGGAGUGUCUUGGCAUGUUUGGCAUGUUUCCAGGGUUGCUUCAAGGACGAGCCAGUUCCUACUACACGGGAAUGUCAUCUUAUCCAGGCUGUAAACCUGGGUCUGCCCUUGUUCCUGGGCAGAGUGGGUAUGGGCUCUACCCACAAGCAGGUAUUAAUGGUGGAAGUGUUACCCAACGUACAUGUGAUCCAAUCUUCAUUGCACCCCCUCCAAAGACACAUCGACUGCUGCACUCUGAAGCUUACAUCAAAUACAUUGAAAAUCUGGAUAAACCUUUUCUAAGCAAUUGGGAGAGACAUCUGAUGGCAACACAAGAGAAUACUGUUAUAAAUGAUUCAGGACGUCUUCCUGCUAACUGGCUGGCAAAUGGUCCAGGAUCCCAUGGCAUGGUUGUUACUGCUUUGUGGGCCCUGAGAGAGUACAUGAUGAAGGACUCCUUAGGCAUUGCAAAGAUUUUGUGACCCGACACAAGGCAUGGAGACAUGAGAAAGGAGGAGAUUACAAAAUUAAUCUGUGAAGGUAUUGGUACUCAAGCCAACACAUCUUCAGUGGGUGGUCUUCCCAAAGGAUUUUCAUUCACAGUAUCAACUUCAGUAAAUGAACUUGGCUGAAAGUUUAUUCAAUCAUUUUUUUUAAGUAGCUCUGUAGAUGCUGUCAGUAUCUACUUCUGUAACUGACUUGCCUGAAUUUUCAGUCUCACAUUUUAAGUGGUUGUAAAGUUGCCAUAACAUUGCUAUCACAUAAGUAAAUGUCAUAAUUGUCCUUUUAUUGUAUGUCAUUCAUUUAUUAGUGCCUAAUGCCAGGGCUGUAUACAUGCAGGUAAUUUUUUUUUUCUUCUUCUUCUUUUGGGGGGAGGAGGUCUUUACUUUCCAAAUUACUUGUUCAUUGUACUCAACCCUAUUGUGUCUUUGACUUAACCUAAGAUUUGUACGAGUUUUACGUCUCAUAGCAGUAUGCAGUGCUCAUUAUGCACUGUGAUAGUCAGGCCACCUUUGUUUACUUUGGAUGAAAUGUAUAAUUAUUUUUACACGAGGGAUGAAGGUAGAGGAAUGUCUCACUAUUAAAUAAUUUCUUUACUUCAGUACUGUAAUACAGUCUAUGGAUAACAGAAGAUUAAACUUUCAAUAUCAUUCUCUUCAGGGACUGCAGUGAAAUAAGAUGUUUUAUUUGUAAUUUUAAUAUGUUAUUUAGAUUCAGUAAUAUGUUGUGGAUUUGAUCUUUUCAGAUUUUCCAUUUUUAAUUUAGAAAUAAAUGAAUAAAUAAUUCAAGUGCA